GAUGUUUUUGCUGAGUUCUCUCUCUCUCCCUUUCGUUCGAGAGACCAGUAACACUUUAAUUUCACUCUCCUCAAAUCUGUUUACCGCUAAUCGUAAAUAAUUUCGUUUUGAUUAAGUGAAAAUAUUCCUAGUAUGUCCAAAAUAAAUGCUCUUACAUGUGUUCAACAAAAUGACAUCUGUUCGCUACGCAUUGUCUGCACCAUGGCUGGUGAUAAUAAAAAACACGAACUGGAGGAGGUGGAUUGUUAUGGCAAUACGGCCCUAUUAAAGGCAUGUUACCUGGGCAAACUGGAGGCUGCCAUAACCCUUUUGCAAUUUGGCGCCAAUGUCAGAGCUGUUAACCACUAUGGACAAAACGCUCUGACCUUGGCCACAUGUUCGGGUAAUAUGGAUUUAAUACGUGAAUUGUUGCGCUAUUGUUCGUACAAAGAAUUUAAUAAUAGCACCCUGACACCGGCAUUGUGUGUGGCCACAAUGCGGCAGAAUUGGUCGCUGGUUAAAUUCUAUAAAGAUUUAGAUAAUCACAAUAGUGAAGAUAUACAGACGGCCCACGGUUUGAAUUGUGAGGAUCUCAUGUCGUUCUUUAAUCUACGUAAACCUGUGGACUCAACAAAACCAUUUAAAACCAUACAUGUGUAGGAGAUUUUUGUGUGUUUUUCUUUCUUUGUUGAUUGGGUGUAUUGUGUUUUGGGUUAGUUUAAAUAAAUGUUAUUUUUUGUAAUGUA